UAUCACGAAUUCCGUCUCCCUCUUUUACGGUACCAAUGGAGCGCCUCACUGUAAUAGCUCUCUCGUUUGCCAUUCUACUAUCGGCGACGGUAGCUUACGGCGAAUCUUCCGACCAAAUCAAUGGCGCCGAAGAUGACGAUAUUCUGAUUCGUCAAGUCGUAUCCGGAGCCGAUGAUCGUCUCUUAACAGCGGAGCAACACUUCCAGAACUUCAAACUGAAGUUUGGAAAGACCUAUGCUACCGAUGAGGAGCACGAUUACAGGUUCCGUAUCUUCAAGGCUAAUCUCCGCAAAGCCAAGCGCCACCAGAAGCUCGAUCCUGGUGCCGUCCAUGGCGUUACUCAGUUUUCCGAUCUCACCGAGGACGAGUUCCGUAAAAAUUUCGUUGGAGUAAAUCGGCUCCGUCUUCCUGCCGAUGCUCAGAAGGCGCCGAUCCUUCCUACCGAUAACCUAGCCUCCGACUUCGAUUGGCGCGACCACGGUGCCGUCACGCCGGUCAAAAAUCAGGGUUCUUGUGGCUCGUGCUGGUCUUUUAGCGCUGUUGGAGCGCUAGAGGGAGCUAAUUUCUUGUCAACUGGACAACUUGUUAGUUUGAGCGAGCAACAGCUUGUGGAUUGCGAUCAUGAGUGUGAUCCUGAGGAAGCUGGUGCAUGCGACGCGGGGUGCAACGGGGGGCUAAUGAACUCAGCUUUCGAGUACAUUUUGAAAGCAGGUGGAUUAGAGAGAGAGGAGGACUAUCCUUACACUGGGAAGGAUCGUGGCCCUUGCAAAUUCCAAAAUGCCAAAAUCGCAGCCUCUGUUUCCAACUUCAGUGUCAUUUCUCUUGAUGCCGACCAAAUUGCAGCGAACUUGCUCAAGAAUGGUCCUCUAGCAAUUGGAAUCAAUGCGGCUUUCAUGCAGACAUACAUGAAGGGAGUUUCGUGCCCAUACAUAUGCUCUAAACGAAACCUAAAUCAUGGAGUACUGCUUGUAGGGUAUGGAUCUGCAGGCUAUGCUCCGAUACGGUUCAAGGAGAAGCCCUACUGGAUCAUAAAGAAUUCUUGGGGAGAAAACUGGGGAGAAAAUGGGUACUACUUAAUCUGCAAGGGCAAAAAUAUCUGUGGAGUUGAGUCGAUGGUCUCGUCCGUGGCUGCUACCCAAAACUGAGCCAUUGUUGCCUUGGCGCUUCUAUAUCAAGGUAAGUUACUGGGGCUCUGUAAAUAUGUUGUAUUUAUGUUACAGCCAGAGCUAAUGGAACUUGAUUCUUCUCUUGGCUGAUAGGUAUGGCUAGUUACUGUGUUUGUCUAAUUUCUAUAUAUUUUGGAUUCUAGAAAUGCAGACAUUCUUAUUAUACCA